UUAAUUAAUGUAUUAAUUAAUGCCAUUAUAUCAUGUAAACUGGGUCCCGUAAUAUCGGAGACGAGAAACAGAAUCGUAGUGGUCUGCAUUGGACAGGAAUUUCUCAGUUUUAAAGACUUCUCAAAUUCUUUAAUAUGGAAGACGUUAAUCCCUUGGACACUUUAAACCCAACCGUUUUCAAUAAUAUCGAUUCAGUAACAGAAACACACAGUGGUGAGACCUCUUUAUCUUGUGAGACAUUUACUAAACAAACAUCACCAGAGAGAAAUAUUCCUGAAUAUUGCUGUGAGGUUUGUAAGAAAACAUUUUCUUCAGAACGGGAAUUCUUCGCACACAAAGAAAUACACGACAGAGGAAAACCGUUCCACUGUGAAAUCUGUGGGAAAUCUUUCGAUUAUAAUAGUUAUUUAACGAAGCACAAAAGAAUCCACAGCGGAGAAAAACCUUACAACUGUGAAAUAUGCGGGAAAUCUUUUGUUAGUAAUUCUAAGCUUAAAAAACAUAGAAUAAUUCACACUGGCGAAAAAGCCUGUUAUUGUGAUGUGUGUGGGAAAACAUUCACUGAUAAUUCCUAUCUUGUCGUUCACAAAAGGAUCCACACUGGCGAGAAACCUUAUCAUUGCGAUGUGUGUGGCAAAUCAUUCACUCAGAAUUCCAGCCUCGUUAGCCACAUACGCUGCCACACCGGAGAGAAACCUUUCCACUGUGAGAUAUGCGAGAAAUGCUUCUCUGAUAAUUCAAGUCUUGUAGUGCACAUACGCAGUCACACUGGAGAGAAACCGUUCCACUGUGAUGUGUGUGGCAAAUGCUUUAUCAAUAACAGUAGUUUAACAAGACACAGAAGAAUCCACAGCGGAGAGAAACCCUAUCACUGUGAUAUAUGCGGGAAAUCGUUUGUUGACAAUAGCUAUAUAACCAGUCACAAACGGAUCCACAGUGGAGAGAAACCUUACCAGUGUGGAGUAUGCCAGAAGUGUUUUGUGAAUAGCAGUGAUUUGACAAGUCACCAACGAAUCCACACUGGAGAAAAACCUUUCCAUUGUGAAAUAUGUGGCAAAUCAUUCUCUGAUAAUUCUAAUCUUGAAAUCCAUAUACGUAGCCAUACUGGGGAAAAACCGUACCAUUGUGAAAUAUGUGGCAAAUCAUUCUCUGUUAAUUGUAGUCUUGUUAUCCACAUGCGUAGCCACACUGGGGAAAAACCCUUUCGUUGUGAAAUAUGUGGUAAAUCAUUCUCUGAUGAUUCUAAUCUUGUAGUUCACAGAAGAAUACACACUGGUAAGAAACCUUAUCAUUGUAAAGUCUGUGAGAAAUCUUUUAUCACUAACAGUCUGUUAAAAAGACACGAACGAAUACACACCAGAGUAAAGUCUUAACUUGUCAAUCUAAACCUACAGUGUCCACCUUCCAGUACACAUUUGGAGUUUAUUAUGUUGAAAUACUUUGGAUAUCAUUCUUUUUGAAUUUUCUCGUCGUGUCAGUACAUUUGCUCUUGUUUGAAAGAAACCUUUUCACCGACACAUCAGGAAUUUCUCUUUGUGGAUAAUAAAGUCGUAAUUGAAAACAAAUACAUACCUUGGCACUAUGAUUAUAUUUAGGUGAAUCAUUGAAUGCAAUGGAAUUGUGUAUUUGUGCUGCACUUGUGAAAAGACAAGAGUAAAAAAUUAUUAACGUGAAAUAUGUUGGAAAUCUGUGUUUCUUGUCCUAUAAUCCAUAAACUCACCCUGGAAAAAGAUCCAUUUUCUGUCAUUUGUUUUUAAUGUUCCUACCAGAGACUCGGUCUCAUUGAUCAUUAUGAAAAGAUAAAAGGGUAAAACUUUACAGAUGGGAAAGUUGUGCAAAAUUAUUGCCAUUUAAAAGCCAUGUUUUUAAAUGAGUAAAUA